UAUAAUAUAUUAAUUUAUAUGGUGCAGCCUGGAACAUACUUUUAUCAUGGACACCAUGGUAUGCAAAGAGCAGCAGGUUUGUACGGUUCACUGAUAGUGGAUUUGCCAAAAGGACAAAACGAAUCGUUUCAUUAUGAUGGUGAGUUCAACCUUCUUCUAAGUGAUUUGUGGCACAUCAGCUCACAUGAACAAGAAGUUGGACUCUCCUCAAAACCAUUAAAAUGGAUAGGUGAACCUCAGAGUCUGUUGAUAAAUGGAAGGGGACAAUUCAAUUGUUCUCUGGAAGCUAAAUUCGGAAACACCACUCUACCAGAGUGCCAAUUUAAAGGUGGUGAAGAAUGUGCCCCACAAAUUCUUCAUGUGGAGCCAAACAAGACCUACAGAAUUAGGGUUGCCAGUACCACUUCCCUAGUUGCACUCAACUUAGCCAUUUCGGAUCACAAACUUGUUGUGGUGGAAGCUGAUGGAAACUAUGUUACACCAUUUGUGGUUGAUGACAUGGAUAUUUACUCAGGUGAGACCUACUCGGUUCUCCUUCGUACAGAUCAAGAUCCAAACAAAAACUAUUGGCUUUCAAUUGGAGUUAGAGGAAGAAAACCUAACACCACACAAGGCUUAACCAUUCUGAACUACAAGACAAUUUCUGCCUCAGUUUUCCCAACUUCUCCACCACCCGUCACACCCCUUUGGAAUGAUUUUGAACGUAGCAAAGCAUUCACUAAGAAAAUCAUAGCCAAGAUGGGAACUCCACAACCUCCACAACGUUCUGAUCGUACAAUUUUCCUUCUCAACACCCAAAAUCGUGUUCAUGGGUUCACCAAAUGGUCCAUUAACAAUGUGUCCCUAACAUUGCCAGCGACCCCUUACUUGGGUUCCAUCAAGUUCAGACUAAACGAUGCUUUUGAUCAAACACCUCCACCUGUGACCUACCCUCAAGAGUAUGACAUUUUCAACCCUCCUGUGAAUCCUAACUCAACCGUUGGCAAUGGGGUGUACAAGUUCAACCUUGGUGAGGUUGUUGAUGUAAUACUGCAAAAUGCAAACCAAUUGAGUGGAAAUGGUAGUGAGAUUCACCCUUGGCACUUGCAUGGGCAUGACUUUUGGGUUUUGGGAUAUGGAGAAGGCAAAUUCAAACAAGGUGAUGAGAAGAAAUUCAACUUGACACAUGCACCAUUGAGGAACACUGCUGUAAUAUUCCCAUAUGGAUGGACUGCAUUGAGGUUUAAGGCAGAUAAACCAGGAGUUUGGGCAUUCCAUUGCCACAUUGAACCACAUUUGCACAUGGGAAUGGGUGUGAUUUUCGCGGAGGGUGUUCACAAAGUUGGAAAAAUUCCAAGGGAAGCAUUAACUUGUGGGCUUACUGGGAAGAAACUAGUAGAAAAUGGACUCUACUAAAACUAGAUACACUACACGUGCUUAAUAUGGUCUUACUCUUUUAAGUGUAUUAUUCCUUUAUUCUUCUUCAAAAUUAUUUGUAGAUUUUGUUAUGCA